UGCCGUAUUUAUUUGGGGGAUUUUCAGAUAGCGGUAGCUGUAGCUCGACGAAAUGACAAUUGUUAUUGUGAUGUGUGAUGUAGAAAUAAAUUUUACAGCGCAUUACUCAAGAUACAGCACAACUUAAUAAAUGGCUAACAAUAUAGAAGUACCCACAAAUGUUAUUUUGUUGUUAAGAGCAAAUGAGUUCGGUUCCACUCUCAACCGUUGCAAGUUCGCUAAGAAAUAUUCUAAAUAUCAUGACCGCUCACAUUCGGACUUCAAAAUAUUAAGAUCACUUUACUGUUCGAGUGGUGCUUAUCUUGAGACAAUAGCCUGUCGGAAAGUUGAAGCAGCAAAGACUCCUGCAUUUUAUCAUGGAAGAUUAUUCACACAAAACUUUCAAACUUGGUUUAAUCUUUUUACCGGUCCAACAUCAGGACCCAGCCUCAUGAAUUCCAACAUUCUAUCUUCAUUUAAACUUGAGAAUGAGACCAUCAAGAUAGUUGACGCAGUUUGUAUACAACCCCCAUACUCAUGUACGCCACCAAGUGAUGGAAGUUCCAGGGGAGCGCAAGUCAUUCUUCUGAGUAAAUCUGGAUGUUUGUUUCAAGUGGAUGCAAGGAAUGGAGAUGUUCUUGAUUCGUUUUCUAUUCCAAGCAAAUAUUCAAUGAACAAUGUCAUUUCCGACGGUGAUUCAGAAGCACCAUCUCAACAAUUUCAACCUAUCCAUUCUUAUCACUAUGCAAACACUAACAGAGAUUCGGAAAGCAUCGUCAUUAAAUCUGCUCGCAAAGUUGUUCAAGGUGUCUCGAGUACUUCAUUUCUCAUCUUGCGUUUAUAUCCAAUUCGUAUCUAUUGUCACUUUCUUAUCAACGUGAAAACUCAUUCAACGAAUCCACCAAUCACAGCAGAGGUCACUGAUGACUUCUUGGUUGUUGCGGCAACUAAAGCAUCUAAAAUAAGUUUCUAUUCACUUGAUGAAAUUGUUAAUGAGCAUAAAUACAAGAUACAUUGCAAAUUAAAAGAACAAAUUAAAGUAGUAUGUCCAAAUGGUUAUAGAGAAUAUGUAGAAGGUAAUAUUGGAAAUAAGAACAUUGGGAUUCCAUACACUAUGCAUUGUGUGCAGCUAUCAAACAAGGAGCCUAUGUUUGACAAAUGUUCAUGUUUAUUCAAAACCGCAGCGCCAAAACAUAGCAUACAAUUUGGUGGAAAACCGUAUCAUUAUAUUGUGGCUGGAAACAAACGUGGCACAGCAUGGUCCCUCAAACAUUUAAGUAAUUGUGUUGAUGCUACAAAAGAUAAAAUACAAGUAUCAGAGAAAUGGGAUUCAACUCAUUGGAACAGUGUUCGUUUCCAUGACGAUGAUACAGGCCGAAUUAUCAUACAGGAUGUUUCUUCAUUGGAAAUACUGUCAAUCCAUCAUCCGACAGAUGUUGAUCAAUCAAACAACCAUGGUGGGACCUGUGCUUCUAAAGGAAGUAGUGAUGUUUCCAAAUGUAGCUUGGUUAGCAACUUUCGCAUUUGUGUUGAUUCAAAAUUGGAAACACCUGACACCAUCCAAACUCAGUGGCAAUAUCCUUUCUCACAUGACAUGCAACGUGAGGCAUUGCCUCCACACACAAUAACCACCCAUGGUCGAGCAAGCAGACGGCCACGACCAUGGUAUGACAGUUUAUAUCACCGUAGUCAACGGGUUGAUGACAACGAAGGUCACCUGCUUGCCCAUGUUGAAUAUGAUGCAGACAUUAACAUGCUUGGACUUCUAUAUUUUAAACCAAUCGGUCCUGCAGCUCCUGGUUGGGAGUUACAAGAAGAUGGAGCAAACCUACACCUAUCUCUAUAUGAUAAUUUUAAUGGGAAAUGUCUUGCAAGUUUUCUCAUUGACUGGGAUAUUUCACCAUCCGAUCGUGACGUUGUUUCAAUAACUAUUGACCAAGAUACAGUGAUAUACAUGCGAUUACGUGCUAAUGAUCACAGGGUUCAGUAUCGUGUGUUAAGGUUAAACAGACAACCGGGGAGUGAUGUUGUUGUUGUGGAAGAUGAAUCAACUUAAUAAUAAAAUUUAAAUCAAAAUAUGUUGCAUUUAUGAUUCAUAAAGAGCAUGUGCUUCACUUAGUAUGUCAUUCCAAUAAAGCACACACUUUU